CGCUCAGUUCUGGCUUCGACCACUGCCGGUACGGGCGAAGGCGCGUUUCGCUGCGAGUUGCGACGCCUGCACGGUCUGCGUGUUGUGCUCCCAACUUCCAGGCUAGCCGGCGGCGAGCGCUCACCACGCUGCCCGCGCGCCGGUGCACCGCGUGUCCUCGCAGAACUUCGUGAGCGAGCGCACACUCCAAAGGGCGCCAGUGGUGUUUUUUUUUUUUUUUGACCAGUUCGAAGGCGGACAAAAAAUAACCUGGACGACCCGUUCAAUGCGCGUGGGAAAGUGACAUAGUACUUGUCGGUGAAACCAGGAGUGCCACGCUGUGUACCGAAUACCGGGAUCACGACUUGGUGGCAUGGCAGUGGCCCUUCGAGCUUCACCGCGUUGACACUUUGGCCGGCGCACGUCGUCGUACUUGGAUCAAGUGGCACUGUCUUUCAUCACCUAACGGGGACCGGCGUCGAGAGCUACGCUGAGAUUGUUGUCGGAAAGGAUCGGGAGCCAUGGCGUUGCUUCGGCGUGCCGAAGGCUGCGGCACGCUAGACGGCUGCGGCCCGGAGGCGUCGGUCGCGAGGCCCCGCCCGGCUCCCUGAGCCCGGCGGUCGUCGUGCCAUGCGGCAGCAGUGCCAGCGUUGGCGGCGGCCAGGAUGGCCCACUGCCUGCAGGAUUCCGGCUGCCCGACGACUGUUAGCUCGGAAAGGAUGGUGGGCCAUAUUGAUGGGCGUCGCCUUCUUGGGAUGUCCGUCCGCGGCAAAGCCUGACGGUGAUCUUUGCAGGUGGAUGAACGGGCGCAAGUACUACGUCGCUCUGGGUGAAAUAGGCAGCAUCAACGCCAUCAACGUUACAACGGAUGGUGCCGGUGCCAACUCGAGCGGUGGUGACCGCGACCCGAACCAACCGAGGAUCCCGCAGCGGUGCAGCGUGGAACUCAUCACUUGCCCGAGCUGCCACAUCGUCGUGUCCAUACUGUACAUCAACAUACCCACUUGUUCGAGCGAUGGAUCUUGCCAGUGCGACUACGUGUGGGUUAAAGAACCAACAGUUGGGAAGUCUGGCCAAGAAUUCUGCGGCAUCAGGUCCAACCACACGAUCCAGAAGUACGAGUCCAAGACCAAGCUAGUCUCCAUAGACUUCCUGUACAGCUACUCGUACGCCGACGCCUUCAGCAUAGAAUUCACCGCGAUCGGUAACUUCUACGUACACGUUGGACAAGUGGACUACCAGCACAAGGGCGGCGCCUCAGGUUUCCUGGAGUCGCCACACUUUCCGGUCGGUUACCCGAGCGACUACAGCGUAGAGCACACGUUGCGCAACUUGGAUAGCCGUGGAUUCGUCCAGCUCGUCUUCACGGACUUCCAGCUCUCACCAUGGUCCUACGUCGAGCUGCUCGACGGCAACGGUUCGCGCGUGGACGUGUACAACGGCAACACCUUUCGACCACCCAUCGCCACUUCUGACGGGCCGGUCAUGGUGCUGCGCUUCCGCGCCAACGACGAGUACCCCGACUUGGGCUUUCGAGCGAAGUACACGUUCGUCAACUAUCCUGAAAAGUACUGGUUUAACAAGCCUUCAACAGACUGUGGUGGUGUUGUGGAAGACCUUGGUGGCGCAAUUACCAUGAUGAACAUGGCAAAUCCUGGAUAUACACGCAACUUUGACUGUAUUUGGCUUCUUCGUCCUGGGACCACCUUUGCCUAUGAAACACACAUUUCAGUGCGAGUUGCCCAAUUUGAAGAAAUGGGCCCAGAUUCAAGCUUGGAGAUUCGACAAGGUCUCACAUCUGUCUCUUUACUGCUUGAAUCUCUAACGGGCCAGCAAAGCCACAAGGCACCACAAGGCCAGGAGUACAUAAUUUCAGCUACCAUCGGUUUCUACAUACGGCUCCAAGGCAGCUUCAGCAACAAGUCACGUUUGGCAAUUGUUUACUCAGUAUUUAGUUAUGAAAGAUUACAGUGCCAAUCUUCUGGAGAUUUUGAAUGUGGAAAUGGAAGGUGCAUGAAAUCUAUCUUGCACUGUGAUGGGUUCAACCACUGCGGUGAUGGUUCUGACGAGUCUGCUUGUUAUGCAGUGCCUGGUUCAGGAGGCCACCUGACGCCCAGGGACAGCAACUGGUGGCGCAGUCUGACGCCGAACUACUACUUCCCUAAGCAAGAAAGCUCGGCAGCUGCUGGAACCAACACUCUCAUCUUAAUCACCAGCCUCGCAGGACUGGGCAUGUUUGUUCUCACCACCGUUAUGAUCCUGGUCAAGCUACACAAACAGCGUAGGCUUGAAGUGGUGGGCAGGGAUGCCCUACGAACCAUCAGCGCAGACGUUGACAGUGACACAGGGUCUAUCGGUCAUGGAAGGCACCCUUUUGGCCUCAAUGAGCCUCCACUUUACGACCCACCACCAUCCUAUGAAGAUGUGAUCAAGUUCUACAUGCCACCACCCCCAGCUUACAAUGCAAUUGUCCAAGUUCGUUCUGCAGCUACCAUCAGCUCAAACCCUAACCCUAGCCACCACAGUGCAAGCGCGAGUGCCCCCUCUCAUCGCCUGGGAGGUGUCGAGAAUGCAGCCUAUAUACCGGAUGAGCUGCAGAGCUCCUCUCGACAGGGAAGCAGCUCCUCAAGUGACCGGCGGCGGUCAUCCUCUUCCUCCAAGGCAACUCACCUGCUCAGAGUUAUCCUGCCCCCUGUGACCGUGUUUGAACGUGGUCCCCAGCGUAGACACAAGUCAACAUCUGUCGAUCCUAAGCAACUGGGCUUGCGUUGCGAGCCUUCUAGUCGUGGCCAGUCAUCCCGGCAUCGGCACGGAUCAGUCCCAGCAGGACACAGCAGUGGCAGCAGCAGUGGAAGCAGCAGCCUGCUUGCAAGUGGUGGCCUCAUGCACACACUUCUUGAUCGACGUGCACCUACGACCAGUGCCGAGUCACAUGGCAGUCUCUCUAGUCCAGCAAGGGACCAGGCGAGUCCCAAGUCUCCAUCUCAGGCACAAUGCCAGUGUGCAGGGGCAUGCUCCUGUGCAACUCCUUCAAGGACAAAAGCACGCUACCUGCUGAACUCAACUGGCAAGUAUCGACACCUCAGUCGUGGCAAUGGCAAUACGCCAGCCACAAUCCUGGAGCCAGCUGUACGGUCGCCUGAGAAAUCAGCAGCAAAAAUAGACCCUGCACACUGCAGCAGUGACAGAGCUGCAUCUGAAUCCACCGCAAAGGCUUGGGUUAAUCCACCACUUGAAUCACUGAAGACAAACCAGCCGCAAAGUCCAAGACGUCCCACUUUCAGCAAUUCAGCUUCUAAACAACCAAGCGCUGAUUUGCAAGCAACUGAAAUGACCAUCUCAAAGGACACACAGCCACUUCUAAGGAGAACUUCAUCACUGCCAGAGUUGGCAGCAGUGUUGCCAGCACGUUUAAGAGUGAUGCCUCUUGAGGCAAUGUCAGCAGUUGGGCAGAACUCUGCUACACAAUGUGAAGGAGUGGACUCGCCAAAGAUGAUGAUCAUAGAGUCAACCCCACAGUAAGUGUGCACUGUAACAUAAAGCUAAAAAAAAAGUGUUCCUAUGUUAAAACAUAGUGUACGAGUGCAUGUGUACCAUCCCGAAGUUUUUUCUGCUUCUGUGUGAAUGUUAACUUCACCUGGUUAGCGAUGGAAAUACAGCCAAGGCCCUUGCAGCAAGAACACUAUAUUAUGACUUGCUGGUGUCAUAACUGAUGUCGCCCCAUAGAAGAGAUAUGAAUGUCUGUGUGUUUUAGUUUAGGUGUAUGUACUGCCAACAAGAAAAGUAUUAUGGUGUGACAUCCCUCUUGAAAUAUGUUUAGCAUACCGUGUUGAACAAUUACUUCAGUGUAAUCCUGUCAUACCCAUAAGUACUCUCUAAUGUGUGAAAUUUGGAUCUCCUAGUAUUCAAAACUACUGGCAUAAUCAUAAAAAGCUCUGUAAAAUAACAUUUUUGGAAUUUAUGAGAGGGAUGCAUAUAUAUCUGCACAGCCAGCUCCCUUCCCUCUCUGGUCAUUGUAAGGAGUUUAGUUGUGCAUAGAAAGUUUUAGUUUAGAAAGUUUUAGCUGUAAACAGUGGCAUCUUGAGCCUAUACAGUGGACAGCGUAUUGAAGCCAUCUUCUCUUUUCUUGUCCUAUAGUAUUAUGUUACUGUAAGAGUAGGUAAUCUAUCACAAAGAAAACACUUAUUUAAAUAAUGAGCUGCCCUAAACCAAUCAAAAUUUAAAAAGAAUGACCUAAAAUAUUUUUAAAGAUGCCACAAUUGUUUUUUCUGUGUAAUGCGUACUACAAGACAAUUUGCGGCUACACAGCAAUUCACAAGGACUUACUUCUUGGUGGUUUACUGCUGUGCAAAGAUUGAAAGAUGCACCAAUAAACUAAUAAAUGAUAUCACA